AUGACCGAGAUCAAACAAAUCCAGGCCCAGAUGAUCAGGGCAGGUCUCGCUUUCGACCCUCCGGCGGUAGACAGGCUGGUGUCCGUCUGCGCGCUCCAGGGCUUCGGGUCCCUGCUACACGCGCGUCUCAUGCUUUCCAUGGUCCCCAACCCCACCUCAUUCGCCUGCAAUUCCAUCGUCAGGGCGUACACAAACAAGAAUCUGCCCCAGGAGGCGCUCCUCUUCUACGCGGAGAUGAUCGACUCCGGUCUCUUCCCGGACAAUUACACCUUCCCCUCUCUGUUCAAGUGCUGCAGGGAUCUUGGGGAAGGAGAGCAGCUCCAUUGCCACGUCGUGAAGCUCGGUUUCGGCUAUGAUUCUUACGUCCAGAACACGUUAAUAAACAUGUACUCGGAUUGUGGGAGCUUGAGCUCGGCAAUCCGGGCCUUCGACAGGAUGGUUGGGAGGAACACCGUCUCCUGGGCGACCAUGAUCGGAGCUUACACGAAAUGGAAUCGGCCGGUGGAGGCCCUGGAGCUUUACCGUCGGAUGGAUUUGGAGCCCAACAGGGUGACACUACUGAACGUCCUCUCGGCCUGUUCGAGGGCUAGAGAUUUGGAAUCCGGAAGACGCGUCCAUGAACACAUUUCAGCGAAGAAUUUGAAGGUGGACCUGGUUCUUGCCACCGCCCUCCUGGACAUGUACUGCAAGUGCGGGUGCCUCCCCCUCGCUAGACAGCUGUUCGAUGCUAUGCCCAACCGGAACCAGUACUCCUGGAAUGUGAUAAUCAACGGGCAUAUCGAGCACAGCAGUUACGAGGAAGCCCUGCUGCUGUUCCGAGAGAUGCAGCUCAGUGGGAUCCCUGCGGACGAGGUGACUCUCGCCAGCUUGCUCCUCGCUUGCUCCCAUCUGGGCGCUCUUGAGCUCGGGAAAUGGCUGCACGCCUGCAUACGCCGGGAGAAGGUACAGAUCGACGUCGUUCUGGGCACUGCUCUGGUCGACAUGUACGCCAAAUGCGGCUGCGCGGAGAUCGCUUUGCAGGUAUUCCGAGAGCUCCCUUGCAGAGACGUCAUGACCUGGACGGCUGUGAUCGGAGGCCUGGCUAUGUGUGGCCGUGGAGAGGAAGCUCUCGAGCUCUUCACGGAGAUGCAGAGCCAGGGGAUCAGGCCCGACGCCGUCACCUUCAUCGGCGUCCUCACAGCCUGUAGCCACGGCGGGCUCUUGGACGAAGCCUCAUCAUAUUUCCGAUCCAUGUCGAGCGUCUACAGCAUCCAGCCCAGCGUGGAGCAUUACGGCUGCAUGGUGGACUUGUACGGCCGCGCCGGCCGCGUCGACCGAGCGGAGGAGCUGGUGAACACCAUGCCAAUGGAGCCGGACUACUUCGUCCUGGGGAGCCUCUUGGGUUCUUGCAGGAUCCAUGGCAACGUAAAGAUGGCUGAGAGGACGGCCCGGAGGAUCUUAAAAAUCUACCCGGACGACGCCAGAGCUUAUGUUCUUCUCUCCAAUAUGUACGGAUCACUGGGGAAGUGGGAGGAGCUGGAGAGGACGAGGGAGCUCAUGACGGAGAGGAGCAUCAGGAAGCCGCCGGGGUGCAGCAUGGUGGAGGUCAACGGCGUGGUUCAUGAGUUCUCGAUGGGCGACGGUUCCCACCCUCAUACAGCAUAG